AUGUCGGUUGCCUUUGCUUCUGCUCGCCCAAGAGGCAAAGGGGAGGUCACCCAGCAAACUAUCCAGAAGAUGCUAGAUGAAAAUCACCACCUAAUACAAUGUAUUAUGGAUUAUCAGAGCAAGGGGAAAACUGCAGAAUGUACUCAAUACCAACAAAUCUUGCACAGAAACCUGGUUUACUUGGCAACAAUAGCAGACUCUAACCAGAAUAUGCAGUCCUUGCUUCCUGCUCCACCAACGCAAAACAUAAACUUGGGCCCGGGAGGGAUGAGUCAGAGCGCCUCCAACCAAUCCCUCCACUCGCAGAGCAAUCUCAGCGAUGCCAUCGGGACCGGCCUUCCUCCUUCCUCCCUCAUGCAGAGUCAGAUUAGCAAUGGUCCUAACCACGUGUCUAUGCAGCAGUCAGGCCAGAACACCAUGCCCACGACCUCUCUGAGCAUGAGUGUCAGCAGCCAUGGGACUGGCCCUGGCUACAGCCACACAGUGCCUGCGUCUCAGAACGUGCCAAUGCAAGGCCAGGGCUCCAUAGGCAAUUACGUCUCUCGAACAAACAUCAACAUGCAGUCCAACCCAGUCUCCAUGAUGCACCAGCAAGCAGCAACGUCACAUUACAACUCAGCACAAGGAGGGAGCCAGCACUACCAGGGACAAUCCUCCAUUGCCAUGAUGAGCCAGAGCAACCAAGGCAACAGCAUGAUGGGGCAGCGACCCAUGGGCCCUUACAGAGCUUCACAGCAAGGUUCCUCGCAGCAGUACAUGGGUCAGGAAGAAUAUUACAGUGAGCAGUACAGUCAUGGCCAAGGCUCAUCAGAACCCAUGAAUCAGCAAUACUAUCCAGAUGGACAUGGUGAUUAUGCCUAUCAGCAGUCAUCCUAUACUGAACAGAGCUACGACCGGUCGUUUGACGACUCUACACAACACUACUAUGAAGGAGGAAAUUCUCAGUACAGCCAGCAGCAGGCAGGAUACCAACAGGGAGCUGCACAACAGCAAACAUAUUCCCAGCAGCAAUACCCAAAUCAACAGAGUUACCCAGGACAACAGCAAGGAUAUGGUCCUGCACAAGGAGCCUCUUCACAGUAUUCCAGCUACCAACAGGGACAGGGGCAGCAAUAUGGAAGUUACAGAGCUUCCCAAACAGGCCCAUCCGCUCAGCAACAGAGGCCUUAUGGCUAUGAGCAGGGACAAUAUGGAAAUUACCAGCAAUAAAAGAACACAGUGCUGUGUCAGAUUCCUUUCAAUAGUAUCUCAAUCUUUUGAACUGGAUGUACAGGCAGUUUUGAUUAAUUGUAAUAUGUUGGUUACCCCUUAGCACAAAGCAGCGUCUGUAUGUGAACAGUGUUCAUUUCAUGCUGGAUAUGAAGCAGUGCACUACUGGUAACAAGACAAUGCUUUAAUGGUUUGAUAUUUGGUGCUGUGUAUAGUACUGUAUGUUGAUACAACACAGAAGUUUUUCAUUUACCCUCUCUUGUCCCAUUCUUGAUGUUUCUGAAUAGCUUUAGGAUCAUUAGAUCACAGUUGUGCCCCGUUCUGGAAAGCAGCCAGGUUGUUCUGCAGUCUGGCCCAAAGCAAAGCCCAUCAGUCACAUCUCAGUCCAGGGAAGUUCCCUGUGGUAAGUUACUGGUGUUUUUUUUAACUGGAUGCAUUGAAGAUUACCUGCCAGCCUCCAAAAUCCAUGGCUCUUCAGUUUACUUCUACAGAACAAGGGGAUGGAUACAUUCCUUAUAAAAUGUCAGUUCUGUGCUAUAUGACAAAAAGUAACUGCAACUUCUAUAAUACCUACCUACCCACCCCAAUCCUAUAAUCUGCAUAAGUCCACAUUUCUCUUGUGAAAGGUACAGAAAGAGGAUCCAAACCUAUGAUCAUAGAAAUGUUAAUAAACAGAUGCACCUUUUAUAUGUCCAUGUACAUAUAAAAACAAAGGUAUUUCUGUCGUGGAAAGAAAACCAGAAAGGAGCUCUGAGACCUGCAGUGUCAGCCUGCUCGACAUCAAUAUUGCUUCAUAUCGUGCUUAGCUGAGAAAAAUAUCUGGCAGAAGUCCCAUCUUGAAUAUCCUACUCCAAAUUUUAUAACUUGCAUAUACAUUUU